AAAAGCGCGCAAGGCAUGUAGCUUGGAAGCCCGACUGCCUGAAGAAACCUGUAAUGUAACGUUUUUAGGCGACAAUGACCGAGAAGCAGUGGGGUUCAUUACCUUUAGCACCCUGUUCCUAUUAUAAAUAAGGGAACAAAUUCUACUUUUCGAAUAAGUUGUUGGGGAUGUCCUCUUUCAUGUCAGAAAGGAAAGAGACCAGGGCUUUUGGUUUUGAGGGAGAUUUUUGGGUAACACUGCAGCGUACAUGACCGCCCCUGACAUGCCUGAAGUGAAGAGCUGUGAACGACAAAUUUAAUAAGAGAACGUAGUUUGGUUCCCUGACCUGGAUGGAGAUUUGUUUUGAUGAAUCCAAAAUUCCGGAGUCAGGUAACCAGACGAAACACAAAACGGCGUGAUUCGACUGAGUCAUUGUGUCAUACUAAACUCGGGAACAUCUUCAUUUACCGGUAUAAUGGAUGAGUCUUGUCACUGGAAUGAUCAUGAGCUGCCAGCUCAGGUGGAGGCCAUUUUGUCAGAAGUUUGGAUUAAACUUGAUGUUGACAAACAGCUUCAACAAGCUCAGGAAAAAAUUGACGAAAUUAACAAUGGCCACAGUGAAAUUGGUGAGAUAUUUGACAGUGUUGAACAAGGGCUGAUAGACAUUGACAGUGAGCUUCACCCAACAGAUGCAAAUGGAGAACGAUCAAGAUUUUAUGCUGAUAUUGCUGACUCCAUUUCAAAACUGAAGAAUGAUCUUCAAGAUUUUCAUCUAAAGAUAGCGGAGCUUGGGACUUGCAAAGAUGAUACAAAUGAUGGUCAGAACAGCGAAAAUGGGGUAGUGUAUACAUGCAUGUACAGUGAUGAUUCAACAUCACAGCCACCAUCACCUAAAUGUCCAUCUGAUAGAGAGCCAGAGGUCAUAAACUCCACCUCUGAAAUUGAGAAGGUGUCAAGGAGUGAUGCAAACCGUCAACAGGCGGGCAGUGAUCAGCAAGUAAUCCUCUCAGAGGAUGUUAAUCCUCGUGACAGUGUUACACCAAGCAAUGAACAUGCAGGUAGUGCAGUUUCUUCCACACUGACUACUUGUACUUCAGAAGAUAUAGUGGAAGUUAUUGCUGUCUCAUCACUAACACGUCCUACCUCCCACCAGCAUACACCUGUUAAAGAACAGGAGGUCACUGCCAAACACGUGAAGCCAGUAGAGAAACCAUCAGGCAACACUCAUUCUAAACAGCCCUCACAAGCAGGACCAAGCCUUCCUGAGCCAGGCAGCAAAGCACUGAGGAAUGUGAAAGCGAGCACUUCAAAGCCUCAUGAUGAAGUUGAUGUAAUUGAUUUGUGUGAUGGAGAUGACAUUACUCCCAUGGAAGAUGACCAAGAUGAUGUGAUAGAAUGUAUUCAGAAGAAUCCUAGCUACCACAUACAAGAUAGUUCAGUUAAGCUGACCCAAGGCACCAGAGUUCUUGCUAAAAAAGGUAGCACAUGGAACAACGCAACUAUUGUCAACAUUAUCAAGGAUAACAAUGGACAGCAAAAGUUCAAAUUGAAGUUCGAUAACAAAGGUGGAACAGUGGUGUCAGGGAAACACAUUUCUAUUCAUUCCUAUCCUCCUCCUUCAAGAGUACAUGUGGGUAGUCGUGUCGUAGCCGAGUAUGAGACUGGAGGUCGUACACCACACACCUCCUUGUAUGCUGGCAUUGUAGCAGAAGUACCACUGCAUAUUAACAAGGCCCGGUAUCUCAUCUUCUUUGAUGAUGGCUUUGCACAAUACCUUGGCCUCAAGAAGAUACAUUUAAUCCAUGAAGUCAGCAAUAAUGUGUGGGAAGAUGUACCAGAAGACAACAGGGAGUUUAUUCAGGAGUACUUGGAAAAAUAUCCUGAGAGACCCAUGGUACGGUUGUAUCGUGAUAACUGGGUGAAAACUGAAUGGAAUGGAGUGUGGUGGCGUGCUAAGGUGGCAGAAGUUGAUUGCUCAUUGGUUAAUAUGAACUUCCCAAAUGAUGGACGCAAUGAAUGGAUCUACAGAGGAUCCCCGAGACUGGAGCCACUUCACAGGGAAUUGGAGACAGCCAAAUACUUGAGGGAAUCUGGCCGGCUCAUUGCAGGAAGUAGCGUUUCCAAAAAGAGAGGUGGUCCCCGUGUGGAAUAUUUGAGAGUUAACCCGGACUAUCUUGUGCCAGAGAGUGAUGUCCUGGCUUUGGCUGAAGGCAAGAUAUCCUUAUCCAAGCCAACAACAAGUGGUUCGUGUUCUCAUUCGAAAGGAGUGUUCACGAUAAGGACGGUAGACCGCAUGCCUGUAGUGCAAUGGGCUGUCACCAUGCUCAGGAAUUGGUGUGAAAGUCACAAUGUUUCAGCCAAAUUUGAGGAUCUAUCUGACGUAAAGCUGGCUGAACUCCUUGAAAGGGUCUACAGAGAAGGACCAAGAGUAAAACCAGAAGUAUAUACAACUUAUACACUCCAAGCUCUGCGCUGUGCAUUGAGCACCUUCCUCACUGAGCCUCCUAUCAGCCGGAGAGUGGAUAUCCACAGGGAUCAUACAUUUGCUAAAGCCAACCAGGCACUUACAGACUCCAUUACGGCUCAAUCACAAGACAACUCAUCCAACAAGAAGAUGGUGGCAGGUCAGCUAGGGAUCAGCAGACGAGAUCUUGUCAAGUUACUCAAGUCAGGCCUAGUAUGUCUGAGUAAUCCUCUGGGUCUGCUGCGAUUAGUCUGGCUUUUUAUGCAGCCCUUCAUUGGCAGAGCUGAAGGCAAGAUAAAGUCUCUGGAUCUUGAUCUGCUUCAGAAAAAGGAUGUGAUAAACAAACUUGCCGAGUCAGGUCUGCCAUACUAUGAGAUCAAUUCUCCAGUCUUAGGGUUGAGUGGUGGACACGAACUAAAGAUCUAUGCAACCGGCAAUCGUUUCUAUUGCCCACAUGAUGCCAUCAGCAAAUACAUCUCUAAACUCAAUCCCGAGUGCCCCGAAUUCCUGCAGCAGCCAAGAAUUAGGAGCAACUUCAAGAUGGAGAUGAUAUGGUUCGAUCCUAGGCCAAUGAAUUCCAGCUCCAUUAAUACAAUGAUGACUGACAUUGGUGCUGCUGCCAAGUUGAGUAGACAAUACAACAAUGCAGAUAUCAGAGCUACUUCGUGGGACAGCUUACAAGAAGCUAUUCAAGACUUCACUGAAAACCUCAGGAUGGGUUACUGGAGAAAACCUCCACCAUCACAAGUAAAGAAGACACCAGUAGUCACGACAACAACCACAACUGCUACAGGAGGAGCAGAGGGUAAACUUGUGGGCCAACAAAUAGCCCAUGGCAAGGUCAACAAGCCUUUCAGCCAACAACCUGCUGUUUGUGUAAAGCCUAACAUUCAACAAGGUAAUGCAAACAAGGUGGUGAGAAAUCUUUACAAGGAAUCUGCAUCCUCCAAACAGUCUACUGCCCAGACAGACAGUGAUGAUGAUGUUAUCAUCUUAGGGACAACAUCAAGUUCGUUGACAAGUAAAGGAACUUCCAAGUUGACAAGCUCGGAACGCCUCAUGCAGAUUGGCCGUAUGAACAUUCACAGAACAGAUAAAGCAGAAAGACAGCAGACAGCUAAGAAGAGCACUUCUAGCCUAAGUCAUCACCAUCAUCAUAAACACAGACAUGGUAGCCAUAGACACAAUUUACAGGCAUAUGACUCCUUAAAAGCCAGCAUGCAAGAAACACCCCGGCAUAUGCAGCAGUCUAGAGCUGAAAUCAAGCAUACCAAAAUGACUUUCGUUUCCCAUCAGUGCAGUCAACGGUGUGUGCUUGGUUUAAUACCAGACGAAAAACGGAAGCAGAAAAUAAGAAAGCAAAACCCUCUUCAUGUUCCUAGUAUGUAUGGUUGGGUGCGACGUCAAGCAAAGCAGAGAGGUACUGGUAGAAGACACGUCAUCUAUCGUGCGCCUUGUGGUCGUAGUUUGAGAACCAUCUCUGAAGUUGACCGUUACCUUACAGAAACCAAGAUGGAGGAGAUUUGUGUAGAUGCAUUCACCUUUGAUCCGUUUGUUUACACCGAAUUGUGUAAAUAUCGCAUUAGCCAACGGCCUUUCCUUCAGAUCAAUGAUAUUUCCAAGGGUGCUGAACCAGUGCCUGUAUCGUUGGUAAAUGAAAUAGAUAAUGAGCAGCCGCCAGAUGUCCGGUACAUAGCUCAUCGCCAGCCAGAAAAAGGAUCUGUGAUUAUAACUGAUCCAGAAUUUCUCAUUUGCUGCGACUGCACUGAUAACUGCAAGGAUAAUACAAAGUGUGCUUGCAGAAUGCUGACCCAGAAAAGUGCAGAGGAUUUUCCUGAACUUAUUAAGAAUUCCAGUGAGACCGGCUACAAGUUUAGACGUCUUUAUUCAAUGGUGCCAACUGGCAUCUAUGAGUGUAACAGCAAAUGUACCUGCAACAAGCAGUGCCACAAUAGAGUGGCCCAAAAUGGACUAAGUCUACGUCUGCAAGUUUUCAAGACUGAUAGACGAGGUUGGGGUCUGCGUUGUUUGGAUGAUAUAUCCCAAGGGGCCUUUGUCUGUACAUACGCGGGUCAGCUUUGGGGAGCAGAAGAAGCUAAUCGAAGAGGACAGGAAUAUGGAGAUGAAUACUUCGCUGAGUUGGAUCACAUUGAGGUUGUAGAGAAUAGCAAGGAAGGAUAUGAGAGUGAUCCAAUGGAAGAUGAAGGAAUCUCAGACUCCAAAGAGUCACUAUCAACUAACUCAAGUGACUCAGAUCAGUGCCUGACAUCUGAUGAAGACUACCACAUUGGCAGUGAUGAGAGUGAGACAUCAUCUAUAGCUGUAGAUGUUGAGAACGAUUCCGAUUACAGUGAUGAUCUGGCUAAAGUGCAAAGCAGUGAUUCCACAGUGACUAAGAUGGUGUUCCGCAGGCAUCAAUUUGAGUCUGGGAGUGGCAAUAUGGUAGAAGGCAGCUGUUGGUCUGUAGCAUUUCCUGAGAAAGAUUCAUCACAGAGUAAAGUGGAAGCUUGGGUAAAAAGCAACAACCUUUCAGUGAGCAACGAUUGCUUAAAGGCUUCAGCUGAGGAGGGUGGAAUAGAUGAGGCUACAGCAAAGAUAGACAAGGAUUCAUUGGAUAUCAAGAUACAGAAGAGAGGACUGUCAGACUCCUUAAUGGACUUCACUGACAGAUCCAGCAGGGAUUUUGCCAGUGAUGUAGGCUAUAAACCUGUGGCUAAGAAAAGUGUAGGAUCAAAGAGAGAUCAAGUUGCAGUCAAGAGAGGUGGGAGAAGAGAUUCAAGUAACAAAGAAACAGACUCCUCUACAUCUUCAAUUAUUAAGUAUGGUUACAACACAAGUCCUGGCAAGGUUCUUGACAAAAGCCAAAUAGAUGCCUUCAAGAAGCGUACUCAUACCAGCCGACUGCACAUGCGCAGAAAGAGUAAAGAGGCAAGUAGUGAGCUUACUAAAACAGCAUCAGUGUUAAGUGAGGAGGAUACAUCUGGUAGUGAAUACUCAAGCAUUGCAGACAAUAAAGCUGCCAAAAUUGACAGUGAAAGUGGAACACCAUGCAUGACAGAGCAUGUUGAGGCACAGCCAACUGUCAACACAACUUCUACUAUGACAGGUACAGGAAAUGGCAAGGAUACAGAAAAAAAAACACUGCCUAUCCGAACAAGGAGCUUCUUUGGUGAAACCUCAGGGCAUGUCAUGGAUGCAAAGUUCAUAGGCAAUUUAGGAAGAUACCUCAAUCAUAGCUGCAGCCCUAACCUGUUUGUACAAAAUGUGUUUGUAGACUCACAUGAUCUCCGCUUCCCCUGGGUGGCUUUCUUUGCUAAAAAGUAUGUUCGUGCUGGAUCUGAGUUGACAUGGGAUUACAACUAUGAUGUCGGUAGUGUACCUGGUAAAUCCCUGAUUUGUUUGUGUGGAUCUCAUGAGUGCAGAGGAAGAUUACUGUAAUACCACACUACGCCUUGCCCACAGAUGACGAAGUAUUUUAUUCAUCUUAUACAUUGUACAAAAUCAUUCUUUAGACUCGGAGCACUGCAAAAUGUAAUUAACAGUUUGAGAGAAUCAACUCUUAUGCCAAUCCUCUAGGACAUGCCUGAGGUGCAUGCCCAUUGAGAAAUUACUGUGUUUGCUUCCUCCGUUCGGGUUGAUUUUCAAUAUGUUUCCUUUUGUACAGGUGACUUUUCUCCACCAACCCUUUUAGUUUCAUAUUUUAGAGUAGCAUGGAUUUUUCAUUUUCAUCCUGUAACCUGCUAGACAUCCGGGGGGCUAAUAUAUGUAUACAUACUUCAGCCUGUUAGCAGUGAUGUAGCCGAGUACUUUUUGAGAACCAAGUUCUCUACCAAAUAUUUAACUAGUAAUGAGGGAACAAAGCUUAAGUACAUCGGCAUUUGAUGGUACAUUCAUUAAGGUAAGAUUACAAAG